AUGUCUUGGGCGAUCCCUCGGAUUUCCCUCCUCGUUUUGGCCUUUUUGGCCCUUCGAUCCUAUGCGGGAUUCUCAAAAACAGAAGAAUUGGAAUGUAUGUUUCUUGGCUAUCCCGAUCUCGAAUACGAUGGAUUUGAUAGGACUGAGGUGUUGACAGAGAAGAACUUCAACAAAACCGUUUUUGCUGAAGACGCGAAAUCGGUGAUUUUCUUCAACGAUGUCGAGGAUGACGAUCCCGAAUUGGAUCAAUAUGAAUGCUUCUUGCAGCUUUCCGCCCAAAUCAUGACGAAACGAGGGUACAAUUUUUACACCGUUAACACCACAAAAGAGCAGAAAUUGAGGAAACAAGAGGAAGUAGAAAAGGGUGAGGAUACAAUCCACGUGUACAAAGAUGGAUACAAGAUUGAGUACAAUGGUGUCAGAGAUCCUGAGACAUUUGUCUCAUGGCUUAUGGAUAUCCCAGACGAUCCGGUGACAAUCAUCAAUGAUGAACACGAUUUGGAUGAAUUCGAGGAGUUGGAGGAUGAUUGUGUCAGAAUUGUUGGAUAUUUUGAGCCCGGAUCUGCUGCUUUGAAAGAAUUUGAGGAAGCAGCCGAGGAUUUCAUGGGAGAAAUCGAAUUCUAUGCCGUUGUCAACUCAUAUUGGGCCCGGAAAGUGGGAUUGAAGCGAGUGGGUGAAGUGCAGAUGUGGAGACCAUUCGAGGAGAGCCCGCUCUUUGCUCCAUCAUCUGUUGAUACGGAAGAAGAGUUUGAAGAUUGGGUUGAGAAGCACAAAGAGCCGGUGAUGAUGAAGUUGCAAUUGGACAACUACUUCAAUGUUUGGAGAGAUCCAGAAGAUGAAGAGAAAAUGGUUCUCGCAUUCGUUGAUGAGGAGACAAGAGAAGGAAGAGCGAUGAAGAAAUUGUUGGACAAAUUAGCUGAUGAGAAUUCGGAACAUGCAGGAACCUUGGAAAUCAUUCUUGUGGAUCCUGAUGAGUUCCCAUUGAUGGUUGAUGUUUGGGAAGAGAUGUUCGGUAUCGAUAUUGAGGAAGGACCACAGAUUGGAUUGGUUGACAUCUCUGAGAAAGAGGGAAUUUGGUUCGAUAUGUCUCAAGUGAACUUGGAUGAUCCGAAGAAACAUUCCGAUUCGAAUUUCGAAGUUUUGCAGACAUGGAUCGAUCAGAUUAUGAGUGGGCAGAUCUCUUUGGAUGACGAUGACGCCGAUGACGAGCCCCCACCACCUCCUCCACCUUCAAAAGGAAAGAAAUCCAAGAAAGAAUUG